AUGUCGACAACAUCGUGAAAUGCAACGAAGAAGACACCCAGGUAGUCAGGGCUUGGAGUUACAAGAAGGCUUUGUAUUUCGGUCACAGGGGGGUAAACAAGGUUCCAGUAGGUCCAGUGAGCCUGAGUCUGUACACAAUUACAGGAAACGCCUUGCAGCUGCAUAUUAGCGUUAUCAGACUCGUAAUAUUAAAGUCUUCGCUCCGAUGUCAAGAAGAAACUUUUAGUUGGACUGUAGCCAGUACCUCUAAUAGGGCAGUCCAGAGCUUUUUGGUUUUGUUGUUCAUCACUGGAGACAAAUGGUUUUUAGUCAUGGAUCAAGGUGUUGUGGACAGUCCUGCUGUUACCCUCGUCAUCAGGGCACCCAACCAGAUGUAUGAUGACCAGACCAUCAACUGUUGCCAGAAUUGGACUGUGAAGAAACUUAAAGCACACCUGUCAGAUGUAUACCCAAGCAAACCAAGCUCCAAAGACCAGAGGCUGGUGUAUUCUGGGAAGCUGCUUUUGGAUCACUUUACCUUAAAAGAUGUGCUCAGAAAGCAGGAUGAGUACCAUAUGCUCCAUUUGGUGUGCGCCUUACAAACCCCUCCCAGCUCCCCGAAGCCCCCCUGCAGCCGCAGUAACAAGCCUCAGGAGAACUCCGCCGGUCCCACGCCCCUUCAAAACUCUACUAGUCCUUCCACUGGUCAUCCUAGCCAGUCAUCUGCAGGAGAGAGCAGUGAUGGACUCAGACACCGAUCUGGACCCUUCCCUUACCACCAGAUGUAUCCACAAUUUAUGAUACACAACUGGAAUCAGUACUCUCCACAGUCAACUCCUCCCACAAGCAUGCCCGCCUAUUACAACCCCAUGACACUAAUGUGGUGGCAGCAGUUGUAUGCCCGGCAAUACUACAUGCAUUAUCAGUUACUGGCUGCCUCCUAUCAACACCUUAGGCCAGACCAGCCCUCAAGUCACUCUAACCAGCCUGAACCUCUGACCCAGCGACCUCAGGUGGCUCGGGGCCGUGGCAACCAGGAAGUCCAGAUGAACGCCCAGGGAGGAGAGAUCAUGAACGAGGAGGAGCUGAACCGGGAUUGGCUGGACUGGGUGUACACAUUUUCACGUGCUGCGAUCCUACUCAGUAUAGUCUACUUCUACUCCUCCUUCAGCCGGUUUGUCAUGGUGAUGAUGGCUAUGCUAGUGCUUUACCUGCAUCAGGCUGGCUGGUUUCCCUUCAACCUGGAGAAUGAACUCCCUGAAGACAGAGCAAAUCAGGCCGAUAUGGAGGGAGAGCUACAAAACCACGACUUACAGGAAAUGGAAGGCGUGAUGGAUGACGACUCGGACGAUGAUGGGGAAAGUGGAGAGGAAGGAGCAGAGGAUCCAAACAGCGCCCCCCACGCAGGCUUCCUGUCCUCCACGUGGUCGUUCAUCAUAACCUUCUUCAUGUCACUCAUACCAGAGGGACCGCCAAACGCUGCUAACUGAACCACGAGCUGCCACAGGAGCACAUUCUUUCUUUAAGACGACGACCUGCUUAGGGAAACUGUUUUCUGUUGCAGUACAGUGUUGUAGUUUCCCCAAUAGUGUCCUUUACUACAUAUGUAAGACUCUGAGCCUAAAACACAAAUGACUGAUUUAACCUAAAAAGUGGUCACUUCAUGGAGUUUUUUUUUUUUGUCUGCACAAAGAAAAACAUUUUAAACUGUCCAAUGACACGAAGAGUAGUUUAAAUGCUAUAUACACAGGGAUUGGUAGGGAUGCAUCAUAAACAUAGUCAAAAUAAUAAAUGUCUGUAAUUUUAAACAUAGGGACAAAAGGAAUAUUUAUAAAGGAAAUUAUUGACAGCACUUCUUAUGUUUAACAACCUGAAUCUCUUUUUCCUUUGUGAGAAUAUGUUAGUUUUGAAUUAAUUUUUUUUAUAAUGGUUGUUGUAUCCAAACAAGACAUUUUAUUUUAGUAAGGGCCACUUAUGCCCAAUAGCUAAACUUCAGAGAAUAAUCCUGAGUCAUGCAGCGUCUGUGAUAAUUUAGUAAUUUGGGCCCAAAAGCUCAUAAAAUGUGUUUGAACACUAUGUGUACUGUGUUGAAGUGUAUCUCAGAGUGAUGUUGGCUACAGAAGUGUGAUUUUGUACUAGUGAAUCAAUGUACCACUAAUUCGCUGACAGCCUGAAAGAACUGAGUGAAGUAGAAGAAUUAAUCUUCCAGAAUUAAUGGAAUAUCAAACAGGAAAGUUGUUGUUGGGAUUUAAGUCAUGUGGCAUCGAGUGGAGAAGAGACACUUUCAAAUUUAAAAAUGUUAAAUAAAGCACUGCCACAAUUCAGAGUUAAUGUAGGACAAAGCUACACCUCUUGAGUGUGUGAAAAUGGCUGCUGCUGUAUCUUUAACAUGUGUACCAUAAUAAUCAUGUUUAUUAAACCUUCCUUCAUGG